AUGUAUGCAGAUGAUACAAAUCUUAUAGUAUGUUCAGAUAGCAUUAAUAAUUUGGAGGAAGCACUAAAUUCUGAAAUGAAAAAUAUUCACCAGUGGCUUCUUUCAAACAAGCUAACUUUAAACAUUGAAAAAACAGAAUACAUGAUCAUUGGAACCCGUCAAAGAUUAGCUAAAAUUCAAAAAAAUACUAGCGUAUCAUGCGGGGGGAAACUAUUGAAACAGGUUUAUUCCAAAAAGACUUUAGGUGUACUGAUUGAUGACAAUCUAUGUUGGAAUGAGCAAAUCGACAACAUCAGUAAAAAGGUAUCGAAGGGCAUUGGUAUGCUGCGCCGUGCAAAGCCAUUUGUCUCUCUUGAAACUCUUAAAUAUAUUUAUCAGGCUUUAAUGCAACCGAGUUUUGAUUACUGCUCCAUGGUUUGGGGAAACUGUGGCGAAGGUUCAAAAGAAAAGCUACAGAGACUACAAAACCGUGCAGCUAGAGUAAUCACAGGUGAUACCUAUGAAAUUCGCUCCACGGAUAUUUUAAAGAAAUUAAAUUGGAGAACACUCGAAGAGAGAAGAAAGGAGCAAAAAUUAGCAUAUGUGGCCAAAGCCCUUUCAAACCAAUGUCCUGAAAACGUUUCAACUAUGUUUAAAAUCUCAAAUUCUGAUAAAUAUAAUUUAAGAAGUAAUAACAAGAUGCUGAUGUUGUCGAAGCCUAAAACAAAUUCAAUGAAAAGGACAUUCGGAUAUGCUGCUGCUAAAGACUGGAACUAUAAUAGUAAAAAUUUUAUAUCUACUUAAUUCAUUUGUAAUAUAUAUACUUAACGUAUCACUUCGACCCAAACAUUUCUUAGUAUCUUUUAAUAUUUUUAUAAUAGUUUAUAUAAUAGUAUUUCGAGUUCUGUAUUUAAUAACACGGCCUAAUGAAAAACAACCUUUAUAAUUUUUGUAAAUACUGAUAGGUAAUAUGGUUGAUUAGUUACCGUGUAUAAAGAUGUUAUAAUAAUAAUAAUAAUAAUAAUAAUAGUGUUUUUUUUUACACCAUGUAUGUCAUGUAUAUUUUUGCUGCUGGUAAUUAAAAAUUCAAUUCAAUUGUGUUUUCGCGAGUGUAUCUAAAAGUCGAGGGUCGAGAGUAAAGGUCGAGAGUAAAAGUCGAGAGUAAAAGUCGAGAGUCGAGAGUAAAAGUCGAGAGUAAAAGUCGAGAGUAAAAAGUCGAGAGUAAAAAGUCGAGAGUAAAAAGUCGAGAGUAAAAAGUCGAGAGUAAAAAGUCGAGAGUCGAUCGAGAGUAAAAAGUCGAGAGUCGAUCGAGAGUAAAAAGUCGAGAGUCGGCAAAUGUCAUCAGAAACAACAAAGUCAAAAUACUUUUAACACAAUAUAUAACCGAUCCGUAACAAUGGCUGAUUAUAGCCGUACGGGCGAGGGGGAGGGGGAGGCAGUCCCGCCCCCCAGUCAAAAUAAAGUCAUGCAAAUCAUAAACGUAUAAAUUCGGGCAAAAAUUGGGGGAAAUAAAUUUAAAAAGAAGACAGUACAUGCAAUAUGGUAUUUGAAAAUACCAGAAAUAUGUAAAAGUAACGAGGAAUCGACAAAUAGGAAAAUAUUUUUAUCUACUUCCCAAAGACAAUUUUGGAAAUUUAGUUACACGGAAAAUUUUAUUCAGUGGGUAAAAGUCGGGUAAAUUUCUUUUUGGCUCCCUACCUGAUUUUUUCCCGCCCGUACGCCUAUGACGGCUGAACUAAUUUCAUUUCCCGUGUAUCGGAACAUAAAGCAAACAGUAUUUGCGAAACAUAAUUUAGUAAGCUCAAAUUCUCGAAAUUAAAGUAAACAAGAGGCAUAUACAAUCAAAGGAAUAAUCCAGUAUAAUAUAAAACAAAAACUUUCGCAAAAAUUUAGCCACAACAUUCAAUAAUAAUAACUAUUAUCUAAUAACUAGUUUUAUCGCUUCCUUAUAUAUUACUGUCCAUCCUUCCCGCUUUUAUAUGCACCUAUUUCCGCGAAAAUUACUCAUAUGUGAAGCUACAUAUAAAUAGUAGGACUUUACAAUCACGUGCGGGACAUAUUACCACCCGAUAGAGUCACACAUACGACAAAAGAAUCCUAUUUUUACUGGCUCGUAUUUAUGAAUUCACAAUUGUAUGAAUCGUAAGAUUGUGAUCAACGUGGAUUUCUUAAUACGCUCUCGUUUGAUACUUACGUUAAUGAAUAAGUGACAUUUUUGUUACAAGCCUGGAGAUGGCUGUCAAAAUUCAUCGAAGUUUAUGUGUAUGUCAGUUAAUAGAAUGAAAUGACAUGUGAAAACAUUUAGCAAGAUUGAGGCAACAAAUGCGAUAUUAUUUUCUUAUCCAAUCUUUUUUGUUUUUGUUAUCACGUUAUUAUUAUUGACAGUGGCGGAAGUCUUGGUGGGGCGGGGGGCCACCGCCCCUUCCCCACCUUCCGAAAAAAUUGACGAAUUUUCGGAAAUUUUGAUCUAAAAGAGGGCUAAAAACAGUCUUUUCGAGUGCAAAUGGGGGAGGGGGUGCGUCGGAAAUUUCAAAGUUUUGUCGGAAAUUUAGGAGGCUUUGCCCCCCCCCCCCACACCGGAAAAAGUGAAUUUCCGCCACUGAUUAUUGACUGUUGUAGCAAUAUUUAUUGGAAAGUUUGUAUUUCAGCCGUUGGUACUUGUUACGGAAUGGCUAUGUAAAGCUAUAUAUAUAGAUUGUGUUAAACGUGGUUAAAAAAUAAAAAUAUUUUGACUUUCUUGUUUCUGAUGACAUUUGUCGACUCUCGACUUUUUACUCUCGACUCUCGACCUAUGAGACACGACUCUGUUUUCGCACUCUUGUGGUCAUUUUAAAGCUCUGGAUGACCUCAACGAAUGAACUGGAUAGAUAUGAAAAGUUCGAAAUUUGUAUAGCUCUGCAGCCUCGUACCCAGGCGCAAAUAACGUACUAAAAAUAGCAACACUACAGUGUUUUUAUAUAGAUCAGUGGCUAAGAUGAGUGAGCGCGCGGGGGUGCUAGGUCAACACACGACGGGUUCUGCUGCGCCUGGCAGAAAAUGUAAAUAUGACUCUCCAGAAAUACGAUAUCUGGAGAGUCGAACCAUUCAGCUUUUUACUCGUGCCUUUUCAAUUAUUUUUGGCGUUUUUGGUGCUGAAUAUUAUAUUUAUAUGUGCUUAUGGAUGACCUGUAACAAUCGCUGAAGGAAUUAUCAAGGAAUUAUCAAGAAAUGAGUGUUAGAGGUGAGUUUUUGUAUUGGUUUGCCUUGAGAUUUCAUUAUUCUCUGUAUAUUAUGUGUGCAUCAUUGUAUUGAAAAAGUUUUAUUUAUAAAUACAACUAACACACGUGUUUAUUUUAUGAAUAUAAUUUGCAUAAAUAAUUUACUUCCGUCUGAUUUUCAGCCAUUUUUUUUUGAGAAACAACAGUUACUGCUCAGAGCAGUCUGAGCAGUCACUAUUGCCUCAGAGUUACUGCUGAGGGAGCCAAUCAGAAUGCUGAAAGGCCAUUUUUCUGAAACAAUGAAAUUAUACUGAAUUCACAUAGUCUGUCAGCCUUAAUCUGGAUGAAAGUGCAUAGAGUUGACAGUCACGCGAGCUUGGUUAGCUGUUCCUUAAUGCUUUCCCAACACUAUCAUGUAUUGUAUUGAAGUUAAAACAUAGUUGGAACAUUCACCAAACCUUUAUUUUGUUAAUCUAGAGCUUGAAAUGUCCCCUGUAACAAUGUGUGACUACCAACUCUCAUCCUCUUUUAACCAAGGCAUAAAGCUUUUUAUUGCUGUUCUAAAACUAAAACUUGAUCAAACAAUCGUAUAGGAUGAGAAACAAGAAGUUGAGAAUGAAGAUACUUGGUGUGAUGACGCUCAUGAGUGGGGAGAGUAAGUUUCUUUGACAUUUGUUCGUUGUGUUUGAGAUUCUUUCUUACUGAACCCCUAGGGAAAACGGAUAAGUGAGAUAUCAUUGACUCGACAGCUCAAUGGGUAGAGUAGAGUAACGAAACUAGUAAAUCCGGUAGAACUAGUUUAAUUCUUGUCUUUUUUGUCUUUAACACAGGGAAGAAACAUCGGAGGAAGCUACCACAAUCAGCAAACUAAAACAUCUGGAAGAACAGGCUAGAAAUUUAAACCUCAAUGAAGACCUUAACAAUGAACAAUCUUCAGAAACCUAUAACAACCACAUGUCAAUUUCACAAGACUGUACAUUGGGGCUGCAAUGGCCAAAUCUGAUUUAUUUUGUUCCCUACUAUAUAAAUGUGCUAGAAGAGUCACACUUUAUCUCCAAAGAGAAACAGUUGAGUCGGGCAGAACAGACGUUACUGAAUGAAUAUGCAGCAACAGAAGGCUUACAAGAUAUUGAUGAGAUGCUGGAUGUCAACACAGGAGGGGAAUGGGGCGGGGAAAAGUAUGAAAUGGGUGUAGCAAAGCAUGGGGACAAGAUUUUCCACAAGUUUAAGAAGCAGCUCAGUUUGUGUCCAAAGCAAUGUUUAAGGUACGGAAGAUGAAUUAUGGUGGUCAACCUGCUGUUAAACGCAAGAACUCACAAAUGUCAGAACUCCCUUUUCAAACGCAAAAACUCCCUUUUCAAAUGGCAGAACUCCCUUUUCAAAUGACAAAACUCCCUUUUCAAAUGGCAGAACUCCCUUUUCAAAUGGCAGAACUCCCUUUUCAAAUGGCAGAACUCCCUUUUCAAAUGGCAAAAACUCCCUUUUCAAAUGGCAGAUCUCCCUUUUCAAAUGCCAGAACUUCCUUUUCAAAUAGCAAAACUCCCUUUUCAAAUGGCAAAACUUCCUUUUCAAAUAGCAGAACUCCCUUUUCAAAUGGCAAAACUCCCUUUUCAAAUAGCAAAACUCCCUUUUCAAAUAGCAAAACUCCCUUUUCAAAUGGCAGAACUCGCAGAAAGGUACGAAUUUGACCUGGCAACUCCGCAUUCUUGGAAGACAUCCGUUGACCGGUCGUUAUUUCGCGCCCGGAGUUUGAGUGAGAAAAUAAUGUUAACUUUUUUCAUUAUUUCUAGUAUUUGGAGACAAAUAGAGACUUGCAAAUUAGUUUGCCGGCUACUGCAAAUGUCAACAUUUCUGUAGCUGACCAUGAUCUCACUGCGCCAUAAUAACACUUACUGAAACUUAUCAAUAGAAACACAAACUGUCAGUAACAAAUGAAAUCAUCUUUACUUUUAGGUACAGUCGGAAUGGAGAGCCGCUACGUAUGACGUCACAAGGUUUAGGAACAAUCCCAACAUGCAAUUCAUGCGGAGAAAAAAGAGUAUUCGAACUUCAAUUGAUGCCUCCGCUGGUAUCACUGUUAAAAAUUGAUGAGAAAAGACACAAAACAACUUCUUUGAACGAUAACAAAGAUAAUACUGACACUCAGAAAACAGAUUUUAAAAAAUUAAGUUCGCAGUGUAUUGAGUUUGGGACAGUUUUUGUUUACACUUGUUCUCAGGGAUGUUGGUCGGAGGAUGAUGUGAUGUUUCGGGAGGAACAUGUGAUAGUUCAUGGUGACCCUGACCAACAUCUUUUUAAGAAUGCGAAAUAA